AUUCGGCCCGGCCCGCCAUUUCCCAUCUCUAGGUUCACCCCCAAUCCUCGACCAUGUAUCAGUAGCUGCGAACAGCGCAUCCAAACCCUACAGUCGGAGAUUUCUGGAGGAGCAAACCAUCCUUUUACUCGACAUCACACGGUCGCCGCCUCUCAGAACGCUCUUUGUCUCUACGCUCAGAAAACGGCAUGAGCAAAACCCUAGGUGAAGCCGGAGGAAGCGGCGGCGCCGCUGCCGUCGCAGCAACCAACGAUGUGAAGAAACCGGUGUUCCUUACCAAAGCUCAGAGGGAGCAGCUAGCCAUCCAACGUCGCGAGGAAGAAAUCGCCGAGCAGAAGCGCCGUGCCGAACAACUACUACUCCUCCAUAACCCUAACCGCCCUUCCUCCGAUUCCAAAGCCUCCUCUUCUUCCGAUCUGCUGCCCCAUGACUCUUCGACCGGCCGCCAGCACUACCGUUCCUCCCGCGACCGCCAUUAUGAUCGUGACCGUGACCGUGAUCGCGACCGGGAUCGAGAUCGGGAACGCGAUUCCGAGCGGCGUAACCGUGAGCGGGAGCGCGAGGAGGAACAAAAGGCUCGGGAGAGAGCCCGAUUGGAGAAGCUAGCGGAGCGGGAGCGAGAGAAAGAGCUUGACGCCAUCAAAGAGCAGUACCUGGGCGGCAAAAAACCUAAGAAACGGGUCAUCAAGCCGAGCGAGAAGUUUCGGUUCUCUUUUGACUGGGAAAACACCGAGGACACUUCCCGCGACAUGAAUUCCCUCUACCAAAAUCCUCACGAGGCUCGCUUGCUAUUUGGCCGGGGCUUUCGCGCUGGCAUGGAUCGCCGUGAGCAAAAGAAGCUCGCAGCAAAGAAUGAGAAGGAUCUCAGAGAGGAAAUUCGCAAGAAGGAUGGCAUUGAGGAGAAGCCUGAAGAGGCAGCCGCCCAGAGACUCAAGGAAGAGGCCGCUGAUUUGUACGACACUUUCGACAUGAGGGUCGAUCGCCACUGGUCCGAGAAGAAGCUCGAAGAGAUGACUGAGAGAGAUUGGAGGAUUUUCAGAGAAGAUUUCAACAUAUCCUACAAGGGAUCCAAGAUUCCUCGGCCUAUGAGGAGCUGGGUUGAGAGUAGGUUGAGUACUGAGCUGUUGAAGGCUGUGGAGAGGGCAGGCUACAAAACUCCAUCACCAAUUCAGAUGGCUGCUAUUCCACUCGGUCUGCAACAGCGCGAUGUCAUUGGUGUUGCUGAGACUGGUUCUGGUAAGACUGCUGCCUUUGUUCUUCCCAUGUUGACUUAUAUAACUAGGCUCCCUCCUAUUAGCGAAGAGAAUGAGGCGGAAGGGCCUUAUGCUGUGGUUUUGGCUCCCACUCGAGAACUUGCACAGCAGAUUGAGGAUGAGACAGUCAAGUUUGCCCAUUAUUUGGGGAUCAAAGUAGUUUCAAUUGUUGGUGGGCAAUCAAUCGAAGAGCAAGGGUUCAGGAUUAGGCAGGGGUGUGAGGUAGUGAUUGCCACACCUGGAAGACUUAUUGACUGCUUAGAAAGGCGUUAUGCUGUUCUGAAUCAGUGCAAUUAUGUCGUCCUUGAUGAGGCUGAUCGCAUGAUAGAUAUGGGUUUUGAGCCUCAAGUUGUGGGUGUCUUGGAUGCAAUGCCUUCAAGCAAUUUGAAACCGGAGAACGAAGAUGAAGAGCUUGAUGACAAAAAGAUUUACAGGACAACUUAUAUGUUCAGUGCUACAAUGCCUCCAGCUGUAGAGCGACUUGCUAGAAAGUACCUGAGAAACCCGGUGGUUGUCACAAUUGGUACUGCUGGAAAGACAACUGACUUGAUCAGCCAGCACGUGAUCAUGAUGAAGGAGUCAGAGAAGUUGUAUAGGUUGCAGAAACAGCUUGAUGAACUUGGAGAUAAGACAGCUAUUGUGUUUAUAAACACCAAGAAGUCUGCUGAUUUCCUUGCCAAAGCUUUGGAUAAAUCUGGGUAUAGAGUAACUACUUUGCAUGGUGGGAAGUCACAGGAGCAGAGAGAAAUUAGUCUUGAAGGUUUCAGGACUAAGAGAUACAAUGUAUUGGUUGCAACAGAUGUAGCAGGACGUGGGAUUGAUAUUCCUGACGUGGCCCAUGUAAUCAAUUAUGAUAUGCCUGGGAAUAUUGAAAUGUACACUCAUCGCAUUGGAAGAACUGGUCGUGCAGGAAAAUCAGGUAUUGCGACAACAUUCUUGACUUUACAUGACACAGAUGUCUUCUACGAUCUCAAGCAGAUGCUUAUUCAGAGUAAUAGUCCUGUGCCUCCUGAAUUGGCUAGACACGAGGCUUCAAAAUUCAAGCCAGGAAGCAUUCCUGACAGACCACCUAGGCGGAAUGAUACAGUGUUUGCUCAUUGAAGCAUUGGUGAACUUUGCGAUAUUAUAGUUAGGAGAUAAAGAUUUUGAUUGCUGCUACAGACAAGGAUCUCAAUCUGAUUUGAAGUAUUUGGUUAUGAGUUCGAAAUGUUAAAUAUAGUCUUGACAGUGUGAUUUUGAUCUAUUUUGUCACUCCGCCAUAUCAUUAGUAACUGUCAACUGGGGGGGUCUUUCAAAUUGUAUUAGUUAAGGGUUUAGCUGUAAUUUCUGUCUGGACUUUUCCUUACUGUACAAUUCAAGUCUAUAUUUGCUGACUCA